CCUCCUUCCCGUUUAGACCAAAAUAGUCAGUUGAGGUUUGAGCAGCUGACAUCAGCUAGUCAGAAAUGGCUGCCACCGGAGUGCUUCCCUUCAUAAGGGGGGUAGACCUCAGUGGGAACGACUUCAAAGGUGGAUACUUCCCUGAGCAUGUCAAGUCUAUGAGCAGCUUGAGAUGGCUGAAACUCAACAGGACGGGACUUUGUUACCUCCCAGAGGAGCUGGCCUCUCUGCAGAAACUGGAACACCUCUCAGUGAGCCACAACAGCCUGACCACCUUACACGGAGAACUAUCCAGCUUACCAAAUCUGCGGGCGGUGGUAGCCAGAGCAAACAACCUGAAAAACUCUGGAGUCCCCGAUGACAUCUUUCAGCUGGAUGACCUCUCUGUGCUGGACCUGAGCUGCAACCAGCUGACGGAGAUCCCCAGGGACCUGGAGAACAGCAGGAACAUGCUGGUGCUCAAUCUGAGCCACAACAGCAUCGACUCCAUCCCCAACCAGCUGUUCAUCAACCUGACGGACCUGCUGUAUCUGGACCUGAGCGACAACAAGCUGGACAGCCUGCCGCCCCAGAUGAGGCGGCUGGUGCACCUGCAGACGCUCAUCCUGAACAACAACCCGCUCAUGCACGCCCAGCUGCGCCUGGAGGGACUGACUCUUUUAGCAGACGUUGACCUGUCAUGUAACGACCUGACCCGGGUUCCGGAGUGCCUCUAUACGCUGGGCAGUUUGAAAAGGCUCAAUCUGAGCAGCAACCAGAUCUCUGAGCUCUCCCUCUGCAUCGACCAGUGGACCCAGCUGGAGACACUCAAUCUAAGCCGCAACCAGCUCACCUCGCUGCCCUCGGCCAUCUGCAAGCUGGCCAAGCUGAAGAAGCUGUACAUCAACUCAAACAAACUGGACUUUGAUGGGGUUCCUCCGGGCGUGGGCAAACUGUCCAACCUCACAGAGUUCAUGGCGGCCAACAACAACCUGGAGCUCAUCCCCGAGGGGCUCUGCAGGUGUGGCAAGCUGAAGAAACUGGUUCUGAAUAAGAACCGCCUGGUAACACUGCCCGAAGCCAUCCAUUUCUUAACAGAUUUAGAGAUACUGGACGUGCGUGAGAACCCAAAUCUGGUGAUGCCCCCCAAGCCGGUGGACAGGGGAGCAGAGUGGUACAACAUCGACUUCUCCCUACAGAACCAGCUCCGUCUGGCCGGAGCCUCGGCCGCCACGGUGGCAGCGGCGGGGGGAGGUGCCAGCCCCAGAGAUCACCUGGCCAGGAAGAUGAGGCUGAGGAGGAGGAAGGACUGCUCUCAGGACGAUCAGGCAAAGCAGGUCCUGAAAGGGAUGAGCGACGUCGCCCAAGAGAGGAACAACAUGGAGGAGAGCGGAGACUUGAAAUACGGCGACUUAAAAGUUCGCCGCUGGGACAAAAGUUUGGAGAAGCCUCAGCUGGAUUACUCUGAGUUCUUCUUGGAGGACGUGGGGCAGAUUCCCGGUGUGUCGGUGUGGCAGAUAGAGAACUUUAUACCCGUGCAAAUGGACGAAGCCUUCCAUGGGAAGUUCUACGAGGCCGACUGCUACAUCAUCCUAAAGACCUUCCUGGAUGACAACGGAGCGCUCAACUGGGAGAUCUACUACUGGAUCGGUCAGGAAGCCACGCUGGACAAGAAAGCCGGCUCGGCCAUCCACGCAGUCAACCUCCGAAACUUCUUAGGAGCCGAGUGCCGCACCAUCCGGGAGGAGAUGGGAGACGAGAGCGAGGAGUUCAGCGCCGUGCGUAGAGAAGCUCAACAGCAAGACACCCAUAGGGGCCCAGGCCCGAUGUGCUCUGAUGGCUCUCCUUUCUUACCGCAGGUUUUCAACAAUGAGAUCUCCUACAUCGAGGGAGGAACCGCCAGCGGCUUUUACACGGUGGAAGACACAAAUUACAUCGUCAGAUUGUACAGAGUCUAUGGCAAGAAAAACAUCAAACUGGAGUCUGUGCCUGUGAAGGCUUCGUCCCUGGACCCCCGCUACGUGUUCCUGCUGGACAAGGGGCUGGAAAUCUUUAUCUGGAGAGGGGCCAACGCCACUCUGAGCGGCACCACAAAAGCCAGGCUGUUUGCGGAGAAGAUAAACAAGAACGAGCGAAAGGGGAAGGCGGAGAUCGUCACGCUGAUGCAGAACCAGGAGCCCCCGGAGGUCUGGGAGGUGCUGGGAGGACAACCGGAGGAGAUAAAGAAACACGUGCCAGACGACUUCUCCCCCGUCAGACCCAAACUCUACAAAGUGGGUCUGGGUCUGGGCUACCUGGAGCUCCCUCAGAUCAACUACAAGCUGUCUGUAGAGCACAAAGAUCACAAGAUCAAGCUGGACACGCUGCCAGAGCUCAGGCUGCUCCAGUCUCUGCUGGACACGAAGGGCGUGUACAUCCUGGACUGCUGGUCGGACGUCUUCAUCUGGAUCGGGAGGAAGUCCCCCCGUCUGGUCCGGGCCGCCGCCCUGAAGCUGGGCCAGGAGAUCUGCUGCAUGCUGCACCGGCCCAAGCACGCCAGCGUCACCCGCAACCUGGAGGGCACCGAAACCCAGGUGUUCAAGUCCAAGUUCAAGAACUGGGACGACGUGUUGAAGGUGGACUACACCAGAGCGGCCGAGACCGUGCAGCAGAAGGAUAACCUCCAGGGCAAGGUGAAGAAGGACGCCGAGCAGAAGGACCAGAUGAAGGCCGACCUCACCGCCCUCUUCCUCCCCCGGCAGCCCCCCAUGGCCCUCACCGAGGCGGAGCAGCUGAUGGAGGAGUGGAACGAGGACCUGGAGGGCAUGGAGGGAUUUGUUCUGGAGGGGAAGAAGUUCGCUCGCCUGGCGGAGGAGGAGUUUGGACACUUUUACACCCAAGACUGCUACGUCUUCCUCUGCAGAUACUGGGUACCGGUAGAAUAUGAGGAAGAGGAGAAGAAGGAGGGGGAGGCGGGAGGAGGAGCAGCGGCAGCAGCAGAGGAGGACAAACAGCCCGAGGAGGACUUCCAGUGUGUGGUGUACUUCUGGCAGGGCAGGCAGGCCUCCAACAUGGGCUGGCUCACCUUCACCUUCUCCCUGCAGAAGAAGUUUGAGAGUCUGUUCCCGGGGAAGUUAAAGGCAAGAAGAGACGGGAGCACCCAACACAACAAUUCUAGUCAUGUGGUGCGGAUGACCCAGCAGCAGGAAAACCUCAAGUUCCUGUCCCACUUCAAGAGGAAGUUCAUCAUACACAAAGGGAAGAGGAAACAGAAGACGGACUCGGCCCAGCCGUCUCUCUACCACAUACGCACCAACGGCAGCGCGCUCUGCACCAGAACAAUCCAGAUUGGCACAGAUUCCAGCAAUCUCAACUCUGAGUUCUGCUUCAUACUCAAGGUCCCGUUUGAGAGCACAGACAACCAGGGCAUCGUGUACACCUGGGUGGGCCGGGCCGCCGACCCCGACGAGGCCAAGCUGGCCGAGGACAUCAUGAACUGCAUGUUUGACGACACCUACAGCAAGCAGGUGAUCAACGAGGGGGAGGAGCCGGAGAACUUCUUCUGGGUCGGGAUUGGCUCUCAGAAAGAGUACGACGAGGACGCCGAAUACAUGAAGCACGCUCGGCUUUUCAGGUGCUCCAAUGAGAAGGGCUACUUCUCAGUGUCGGAGAAGUGCUCCGACUUUUGUCAGGACGACUUGGCCGACGACGACAUCAUGCUGCUGGAUAACGGCAAAGAGGUGUACAUGUGGGUCGGGAGUCAGACCAGCCAGGUGGAGAUCAAGCUGAGUCUGAAGGCCUGCCAGGUUUACAUCCAGCACAUGCGCUCCAAAGACUCGGAGCACCCGAGGAAGCUGCGUCUGGUGAGGAAGGGAAACGAGCCCCACUGCUUCACGCGCUGCUUCCACGCCUGGGGGGCCUUCAAAACCCCGCCCUCGUAGGCCCACCGCCAAGCCCCCCCACCCCACCCCACCCCCCGCUGCCAUGUAGUUUUCUACCACUAAAGAGAAGAUGCCUCUGUCCGUCCCAGAACAAGCGCAGAGUCCAGCAGUAACAGAGCUCUGGCUGGUUGUUCUGAGAUGGAGAGAAAAACAUAUUUCUUCUUAAAACAAGCCUGAAUGUUUCUUUGAAACGAGUCUAAUAGAUGUCUACAAACCCAGGGAAGGUCCACCCGCCCCCCCCGCUCCCCUCCCAGCCAACAUCCACCCGUUUAGCUGCUUGAUUCUACACUUUGUAUCCUUCUUUUUAUCUUGUAAGGGACUGAAGGGAAAAAUGGCACUGUAAUUAUUUUCUAAAGAACGUGUGUUUAUACGUGUAUGUUUUCACGCCUCGGGGUCUUCCCUUUAGUCCACAGUCCUCUGCGAGCGUUUUCACCUCCUCUGCAAAUUAUAUCAUCACAUGAAGAUGCUUCACCUCUUUAAGACGCAGACUUUAUUUGGCCAAAGAAAUCUUGAAGGGGCGGGAUGGAGGUGCCAGUUAGUCAAUGUGGGACAGAAUGUUUUUUGUCUUAGCUAUGCUUCAGGACAGAUGUUAAAACGUGCAAUCAGGAGAGCCUGGGAGAUGAUACUGUAUUCCUGUUACGGGCUGCAUUCAACUCUGAGAUGUUUUUGUGUAUAAAGAGAACAGAGUCAAAUCUUAGAAGACCUUGAAGCAUAUCUCUUAUCUUCUUGGAGCAGGAAGCAUUAAUGGGAGAUCAUAUCAGACUUCGGGUACUCGCUUCUUGCGAUCAUGUGACCCGUGUAGCGUCAGCCAUUGGUCCAAGAGGGAAACUUAGUUUUUUGGAGCGUAUGGCUGUUCGAGUCCUGCACACGUUUCUGUGUGUGUUUUGAAUAUGUGCACAUAAUUCCAAUGCCACCUGCAGAUGCUUUAUUUAAGUAUUUUCUACAAAAAUAAAAUGUCACAUCACC